AUGAGCCCCGAGCCAGUCCCGCCGCCGCCCCCCUGUCGUGGCUGCGACUGCGGGGAGCCGCUCGCCCAGCGGGUGGAGAAGGGCGACGAGGCCUUCCGCGCGGGCGAGUACGAGACGGCUGCCGAGCUCUUCCGCUCCGCGCUGGCCGGCUUCGCGCGGCCCGACCGCGGCCUAUGCCUGCGGCUGGGGGACGCGCUGGCUCGCGCCGGCCGCCUCCCCGAGGCCCUGGGCGCGUUUCGCGGCGCCGCGCGGCUCGGGGCGCUGCGGCCCGACGAGCUGGGGGAGCUGGCGAGCGGCCUGGCGUGCGUCCCGGGCCCGCGCGAGCGGCGGUCGCCGGUGGGGAAGCCGGGCCGCGCCCCCGGGGAGGCGCCGAGCGGGGGGCCGUCGGCCUCGGUGCCCGCGGCGCCUCGGGACCUGCUGGACUGCCCGCGCUGCCGGCGGCUGCUGCACAAGCCGGUGACGCUGCCGUGCGGGCUCACGGUGUGCAGGCGCUGCGCUGAGCCGGGGCCGGGCCGGUCGCCGGUGCGCCGCGUCAACGUGGUGCUGAGCGGCCUGCUGGAGAAGUGCUUCCCGGCCGAGUGCCGGGCGCGCAGGCUGGCGGGCCAGGUGCAGAUCCUGCAACGCCAGCAGCAGCCCGAGACCGCUCUGCUCAGGUGCCACCAGGCCCUGGACCUCGCUCCUGGUGAUAAUUCGUUAUUGCUGCUGCGAGCAGAGCUGUAUUUAUCCAUGAAGAACUAUGAACAGGCUCUGCAGGACGCCAGCGCAGUUUGUCAGAAUGAACCUCUCCUGCCUAAGGGACAUCACGUGAAAGCUCUGGCUCUUUCCGGACUGGGAAGAAGUAAGGAAGUGUUGAAGGAGUUUCUCUACUGCCUGGCUUUGAAUCCUGAAUGUAACUCAGUGAAGAAAGAAGUGCAGAAGGUAAUGUGUGAGGUGUUUUUCCCUGCUUCAGAAAACGUGCCUCAGAAUUUAACAUCUUCCAUCCAAAGCAGAAUGUUGAACACAAGAUUAACGGCGCAGUGUCAGAACCACAUAAACAGCCAGCCUCCUGUGGAGGGAGGUGGCAGUGCAGGGAGUUCUAAGAAUCCAUCUGAGAAACAGGAUGUAUUUAGAAAUACCAGUUCUUCGGUGUUAUAUUUUAUACUGGGCCUACACUGUGAGGAGGAUAAGGAAGUGUUAGAAAGUUUUCUUCCAGCGGCGCUGAGCACUGGUUUAAAGAGACAGUUUCCGAAUGAUUUGGAGGAUGCGCACGAUGUGAACGGCCCUGGAAAAAUUCCCAAGAAAGAGGCUGAUUCCUCACCCCAAAGGAACGUGAGCUCUAACGUAGGAGAAAGUGCAGAGCUCCUGAUAGAUGUGGCUGAUUUUGAGUGUGCCCUUUGCAUGAGGUUGCUCUUUGAGCCUGUCACUACGCCCUGUGGACACAUGUUUUGCCUAAAAUGCCUCGAGCGCUGCCUGGACCAUGCCCCACAUUGUCCUUUGUGCAAAGAAAAACUCUCAGAAUUGUUGGCAAGCAGAAAUUUUCAUAUAACUACUCUGGCUGAAGAAUUAAUAUUUCGAUAUUUGUCAGACGAACUGUCUGACAGAAAGAGAAUUUAUGAUGAAGAAAUGACGGAGCUUUCAAAUCUGACCAGGGAUGUGCCCAUCUUCGUGUGUGCCAUGGCCUUCCCCACCGUGUCCUGUCCGCUCCACGUCUUCGAGCCCCGCUAUCGGCUUAUGAUAAGAAGAUGCGUGGAAACUGGCAUCAAACGGUUCGGCAUGUGUUUAUCUGCAGAGCACGCAGGGAUCUCAGAGUACGGCUGCAUGCUGGAGAUCAAGGACGUCAGGACGUUCCCCGACGGCAGCUCCGUCGUGGAUGCCGUCGGGAUUAGCCGCUUCCGGGUUUUGAGCCACCGUCACAGAGACGGCUACAACACGGCAGAUAUUGAGUAUCUGGAAGAUGAAAAGGUGGAAGGUGCAGAGUAUGAAGAGCUCACCGCCCUGCAUGAGUCCGUUUAUCAGCAGUCUGUGUCCUGGUUUGCUUCACUUCAGGAUCACAUGAGAGAACAGAUCUUAAGCCACUUUGGGUUAAUGCCCGACAGAGAACCUGAGCCUCAGAGUAACCUUAGUGGUCCUGCCUGGUCCUGGUGGAUCCUGGCAGUGCUGCCGUUGGAGCGGAAGGCUCAGCUGGCCAUACUCAGCAUGAUCUCGCUGAAGGAGCGUCUGCUCGCCAUUCGGCGAAUAUUAGCCAUCAUCACGCGUAAGAUGAAUAGUCGGCAAGAGCUGGUUAACAGCCGGGAGAGAAAUAAUUGA